AUGUUCUCUUGGUUCUCCGUAAUCGUAGCGUGCCUGGUAGCCAAAUCCGCGGUGGCAAGUAUCGAAGGUGAAUCCGAGGGUUGGCAAGGAGUAUCCGGAGGCGGAGGCGGAGGCUACGGUUCAGCUCAUGGGAUUGAUUUAGGACACUUGUCAGGUGGAGGUCUCCACGAAGGGAUAUCUAGUUAUGGCUCCUAUGGGGGCGGUGGAAUCGAUCACGGUUUGCACGGAGGACACGUUCAACACCACUACGCUCCUGCCGUGCCUGUGAGCGAGCACGUGGAAAUUACGAAACCUGUACCCAUACCCGUUGUCAAAAACGUCGGUGUGCCAGUUGCACAGCCUGUCGCUAUAGGUGUACCACAUCCAGUCGCCGUGGGUGUACCGCAGCCGUAUCCAGUUCACGUGCCAGUCGCGAAGCCGGUAGCUAUCCCUGUUGUGAAGACCGUGGCAAUUCCAAUCGAGAAGAGGGUCCCGUACCCGGUGGAGAAGAUAAUACCUGUCCCGGUGGAGAAGCACGUGCCCAUCCCGGUAGAGAAGCACAUACCUGUGCCCGUGGAGAAGCCGUACCCGAUUCACGUGCCGGUCUACAAGCACGUGUUCCAUCGGGUCAAGUCUUACGGUCACGGAUGGAGCCAUUAG